AAACAAAAAUUAAAUUGUGUGAAUAAAAACAACAGCAAAGCCAACAACAGAUCGUACAAUAUUGUGGGUAGCCAGAGAGAGAGCAAGAGGAAGUGAGUAAGAGAGAACGAGAAAGAAAUAGAGAGAGAGAGAAAGAGAGAGAAAUUACACGCAUAUAUUGCGUAGCAAAAGUUCUGAAUGAAAAAAUCGAGUCAUACGGGCGGACAGUGCCACAGGCGAUAAAUCUAACAGUCCAACACAUGCUGAGUUCAACUAAAGUAAACAAUAAACAACACUGCCAUAUUGCAACACUGAAGUAACUGACAACAAACAACGCGCACAACAACCGAAACUACCUCGUUGCUGGCCACGCACAACAACACAACACACACUACACUACGCUACACAAAAGGGAGCAACAGAAUUGCAUUUUAGACAGUUGAUGCACUUCCAAUGUAGCUGCAGCCGCCACUUGCUUUGGUAAAAUGGAACCACAAAUAUCCCAGCAGCACUAAAAGAAGCCUAAAGAAGAAGAAGCAGACGUAGAGCUGCAAGCAAAUAAAGCGCUUAAUUAACGAUCAGUUGUGGCAACAGCAGCGGCAGCGGCAGCGGCAACAGUCAACGACACACAUUACGUAUACGCAACGUGCAGCAUGAUGAAAAGUCAAGGCGAUGUGGAGGCGCCGCCAGCGCUGGCAGCGGCUGCAGCAGCAGCAGCAGUCAAUGGUCAACAGAAGCAGUCAAAGCCAAGCAAUGGCCACGCCCACCAGCAACAGCAGCAAAAUAACGGCAAUGGCAAUGGCAACGGCAACGGCAAUGGCUAUCAUCAGAAUGGAGGCGGUAGGCGUGACUCGACGCAGGCUUUUACGCCGCUACUCGCGCAGCACAACAACACGAAUGGCGGCGAUGUAAGCGCUGCCACACCCACUACGCCCACAACCAUGCUGUACGAGAGCACGCCGAGCAACAACAACGAGUGGAAGGCCUCGGAGGACAUUAACAAUCUAAAGAACGGGCUCUUGAGCAACAACAAUGGCAACGGGCACAGUCUGCGCGAAAAGUAUGCGCACGAGCAAGCACCGCUGACUGGCAGCUACAAGCUGCCACCCGGCGGCGCUGCUGGUGGCGGUGGUGCACGCGGCAGUGAAUCCGAGGAAUCGGACUUCGACUCCGAUUUGAAUGGCGGCGGCGACGAGGGCUCCAACUGUGGACUCUUCGGCUGCCGGCCACGUUGGGCGCGUCGCUUUGCCUCGACGCACGUGUUCAUGGUGGUGUUCCUGCUGGCCUAUAUACUGCAGGGCAUGUACAUGACGUACUUUGUCUCUGUGAUCACCACCAUUGAGAAGCUCUUCCAGAUCAAGUCGAAGACAACGGGCUUUCUGCUCAGCGCCAGCGAGAUGGGCCAGAUCAGCACGGCGAUGCUGCUCACCUAUUUCGCGGGGCGUGGCCAUCGUCCACGCUGGAUUGCCUGUGGCAUGGUGCUGUUCUCCAUCGCGGCGUUCGCCUGCGCCCUGCCACAUUUCAUUUUCGGCGAGCAGCUGAUGCAGUCGAGCGUGUUCCUGCAGCCGCAGUCGCCGGCAGCUGGCUCCCUGUCCACUCUGUGGAGCAAUGCCACAGAUCCGAAUCUCUGCACGCUGGGCGGCAACGGCACACUGGCUGGCAGCGAAUGCAACGAGCAGCGCCAGCUGGAACAGGCAUCCCACUCCAAGAUCACCGUGAUCGUGCUCUGCAUCUUCUUUGGCAGCCUGCUCAGCUCGGGCAUUGGGCAGACGGCUGUGGCGACACUGGGCAUACCCUACAUCGAUGACAAUGUGGGCAGCAAGCAGUCGCCCAUGUACAUGGCCGUUACGAUUGGCAUGCGCAUCCUGGGCCCCGCCUCUGGCUUCAUUGUGGGCAGCUUCUGCACGCGCUGGUAUGUGAACUUUACCAAUCCGGGCUUCGAUGCCAGCGAUCCACGCUGGAUUGGCGCCUGGUGGCUGGGACCCGUUGCCAUUGGCAGCCUCAUGCUGCUCGCCUCCUUUGCCAUGUUCUCGUUUCCCAAGCAGCUGCGCGGCAAGCAGCAAACGCAGGCAGCGGCCGCAGUUGCUGCCGCCGCCGCUCCCGAGCCGGAGGAGAAGCCCAAGCUGAAGGACUUUCCCAAGACGGUACGUCGUCAGCUAAGCAAUGAUAUACUCAUGUUCCGCACCGCCUCGUGCGUCUUUCAUCUGCUGCCCAUUGCGGGACUUUACACAUUUCUGCCCAAGUAUCUGGAGACGCAGUUCCGGCUGGCCACCUACGAUGCCAACAUGAUAGCCGCCUUCUGCGGCAUCCUCGUCAUGGGCAUUGGCAUCGUAAUCUCAGGUCUAUUCAUAUUGAAGCGCAAGCCAACGGCUCGAGGUGUCGCCGCCUGGAUCGCAUUCACAGCGCUCGUCUACUCCGCCGGAAUGAUUAUACUCAUGUUCAUUGGCUGCAGCACCAACGACUUUGCUGGCUAUAAGGCGGGCGAUGCCAACAGUCCCGCCAUGAUUAAGCCCGCCUGCAGCGCCGUGCUCAACUGUACCUGUGAUAAGGAGAACUUCGCGCCCAUUUGCGGCACCGAUGGCAAGAUGUACAUCUCGGCCUGCCACGCCGGCUGCAGCAGCUCCCAGCUGCGCUUCAGCGACAACCGCACACUCUACACCGAUUGUGCUUGCAUUCCAAAUGACGCUGAGGCAGUCACCGGCUACUGUGAUAAUAACUGCAAGAACUUCAUCUACUUUAUAUUGAUUUUUGCCAUUUGCGUAUUUAUGCAUUCCACCUCAGAGGUGGGCAGCAUGCUGCUCGUCAUGCGCUGUACACAUCCUAAAGAUAAAGCCAUGGCCAUGGGCGUCAUCCAGUCAGCCAUUGGCCUAUUUGGUAAUGUUCCUUGUCCGAUUAUCUAUGGUGCUGUGGUGGACUCAGCGUGUCUCAUCUGGAAAUCGGUUUGCGGCAAACAUGGCGCCUGUUCGCUCUACGAUGCGGACACCUUCCGGCAAUACUUUUUGGGCAUUACGGCUGGCAUUAUGUUUUUUGCCUUCCUCAUGGAUUUGGUGGUUUGGCGCAAGGCUCAUCGCAUUGACAUUGCCCCGGAUCAGCCGGACGGUCCAGCGAAUGCGACGGCUACACGACUGGAUGUUUCCGAGUCCAAACAGCCCAUUGCGCCGCCGCCGGAUACGACGGUCUAAGCCGUGCAAGUGCGAAAACGUAAAAUCACAAAAACACACACACAUUGCAAGAUUUCCAAUAAAUGUUUACCUUAAUUGUUAAUUAGUUAUCAUUUUGUCUAGUUUUUUAGCCUAGUGCAAGAGUUAUGUAUUUAGUUAAGCGGUCGUAUCUGGACCUCAAUUAAAAUUAUAAAUGCGCUCAUACAUA